AUGACCUCUCGAAGCAUCCACAAGCAUCUCAGGCGGAGUCAGUCGACCAACGGCGAGCCCGUAGCGGACGCGGAACGCGAGAGGCAGGGUGCCACGGGGGCACGCAAGAGGCAGGAGCCCUCACAGGAACAGAGCCGGCGGCAGAGCAAAAUCUCGCAGACAGAGAGCGAAAAGCAGCAAGCUGCCGCCAACGAGAAGCUGGGCGGGGACCGCAGCAACAAGUCGCCGCAGGAUGACGGCAAGGACAAGGAUCACGCCGGCGCAAGGGAGGGCGAGCACAAGAAGAAGGCCGAGGACGGAGCGAAACACAAGGAGCAGGCACAGACGUCGAGCACGUCGCAGCAGCAGCACGAGACACCCAAGCAGCAGCAGACGGCCACGACCUCAGCCCCGGAAAAGAGCUCCGAGAAGCCACCACCGCAGCAGCCACACCAGGAGACGAGCACGUUCAGCUCGUCAGCCUCGCAGGCUACCCAGGGCGCCGCGACCAAGGAUGCAACCCAAGCCGGCUCGUCUGUGCCUCCAGCACCCUUGCCGCAGCCGACACCGGAGCCCGUCGCGACGAAGGCCGCUGCACCCGACCCGUCAGAGGCCGCAGCUGCCGCCGUGCUUCCCCCAGCGGCCCAUACGCCGUCAUCAGCUAGCAAGACAAUCGGCCCAGCCGUCGGGGUCAGCGUCGCGGGCUUGCUCCUCCUAGGAAUCCUGUUGUACAUUGUGGCGCAGCGCCGAAGCAAGAAGAAGCAGGAGCGGUCGAGGAUCAGCAGGGCCACGCUCACGUCGAUCGCAGCCGCGCCUCGCCACAGGGAGAUGGACGAGGUGCGCCUGACGUCGAUGUUUUCGCCAUCGUUUGGCAAGCACGGCCGGCAGCUGUCGGCGUCGUCGUCGCUCCAGUCGCACUCGAUCGCUUCGUCGUACCACCACCCCAGCCAUCAGGUCAUCCUGCCGCCGUCGCGGGACCCCUUUUCGGAUGCCAACGCACCGGCGGCACGUGGACCAUACCCGCCAAGCUCGGCGUCGAACAACGCGUCGAUGAAGAGGUGGACAAGCACUCGCCGUCCACGGAUGGCGCCGCCGGCCUCGGACUCGGAGAGCACGUUGCGCAGCCUUUCACGUCGGAUCUCGCUCGAGCCCCACACGACGCUGGCUGCCACGUCGGACGUCUUCCCAUUUGCCAGGUCGGGCGAUCCUACUUUGGCAAAGGCAAGGGAAGAAGCGCACUUGAACGACCCUCCUCACUCCGGACUCGCACCUCCUCCGCCCGGCGGGCACGGGGUGGGCGAUGACGGCGAAGCAGGCUCGAUGGGCGCCGCAUCGCCCAGCACCGAGAUGUACCAGCACAUGUCCUACUACUGGAAGCGGCAGAGCGAGCACGACGCCGACGAGUCCCGACGCGCCGCCGCAAGGGCGAUGGCGGCGGACGCGGCGAUGCCGUUGCCUCUGCCUCUGCCCCGCAAUCCUGGUCAUGCCGAGGGGAGCGGGAUGACGGCGCAGCAGCAAGAGAUGCUGGCGCGUCUGGCCAGGACGCCAUCGGUGUUGACGACGGGCACGCUGUCGAUGUACAGCCAUACCUCGAGCACCGCCGACGAUGCCGACCUCUCGCCCAUCUACGAGCACUCGCCCGACAUCCGCGCCCAGCGGUACUGA